AUGACCCACCGCUGCAAGAAAUCCUCCGGUCUCUGGAAGAUCGUGGUGUGGGAUGAGCCUUUCUUCCAGGGCAAGAAGCACGAGUUCACCACCGACUGCUACAGCACCCUGGAGCACGGCUUCAGCACCGUGCGCUCCUGCAAGAUCGAGAGCGGGGCGUGGGCAGGCUUCGAGCACUGCGGCUUCCAGGGGCAGCAGUUCGUGCUGGAGCGCGGCGAGUACCCGUGCUGGGAGGCGUGGAGCGGCAGCAAUGCCUACCAUGUGGAGAGGAUGUGCUCCUUCCGCCCCGUCGCCUGCGCCGACCACGGACGGAGCAGGUUGAUGCUCUUUGAGCAGGAGAACUUCCAGGGCAAGCGGGCAGAGAUGAGCGACGACUGCCCCUCGCUGCCCGCCCUGGGCUGGGGCAGCAGCACCGUGGGCUCCUUCCUCGUCCGCUCGGGCGCGUGGGUCUGCUCGCAGUACCCGGGCUACCGGGGCUUCCAGUACCUCCUGGAGAGCGACAGCCCCGCGGGCGAGUACAAGCACGUGCGGGAGUGGGGGUCCCACGCGCAGACGGGCCAGGUCCAGUCCAUCCGCAGGGUCCAGCAGUGAGCGCGGCCCCGCAGCCCCCGCGCCCGGGCACCGUCCGUCUGUCCCGCGGGCGGCGGGGACAAAGCUCAAUAAAGGCUCAAG